AUGGCACGAAACCCUACAAUGGAUACUAACGGCGCUUUAUCUCGACCUCUUGAUGAGUCUCUGUUUCGUGAACUUCCACAGCUCCAAAGUCUCCGCAUUGCUCCUCUCCGUCAGCCGGUCUCUUCCCGUCUGCUGAGCGUUCCAUCACCUCUCGAACCGAACACCAGUGGAAUCGGCGAGCCAAAUGCCAGCACCAAAUCCAAUACGCCUGGCGCAAAUCAGCCCGCCAAUCUCCCCACUCUUACGGAGUUCUUGAACGCCGCCCAGUCGAAGAAGAACGGUCAUGCGGUGGACACGCUUCUGAGUUUGGAGCCCCCUCCAAAAACCAUAUUGCCAGCUUUUGUCAACCUUCGAGCUUUGGAACGAUUCCCGUAUUCCUCGUUCCACGAUGACUCUCUGGCUCGCAAGCGUCGCCGUUUAGAUGUUCAAGCAGAUUCCUUCGGAGAACAUUUGCAGCUUCCGAUACCCCAGGCGCAGAAAGAACAUCGACCUCCGCCAUUUGGACCAUUUGCGAUUCUCAAUGGGCUGAAUGAACCGCCCCCGAACGCUGCUCUCCUGCCUCCUAUCGAACCUGGCUCCAUCACGCAACUGCUCACCAAACCAUCGCGGGAUGCCGCUGUUGUCGAUUCCGUUACAUUGACUGCUACUACGACGACGGUUACUCAGACGGCUGAACGAAGGGAAGGGAGAAUCGAGGAUAUCCUUGACUCCCCCAUCGAUGACAAGACUGCCAGUGCUGACCAAGACCCCGUGGAAGCAAACUCGUCAGCAAACGGGGCGACCGUUGAUCGACCGGAGGGUGACAGUGAAAAAUCCGAAUCCGAUAAGACUCCUACUCCGCCUACGGAUGAUGCCGAGCCGCUUUCUCCAAAGACGAGGGGCCGCUCCCGUAAGAAUCUUCGCAAAUGGACUGAGGAGGAGACGACCGCAUUGCUCCGCGGGGUGGUCAAGUGCGGUAUCGGUAACUGGACGGCUAUUUUGGCGCAGCCAGAACUGAAAUUCAACAAGCGAAGUGCCUCAAAUUUGAAAGACAGGUAUGAUGUGGACGCAGUUUCCGAGAAGCCAAGAGCUAACAUCGACUUUUGCGUCGUCAGGUUCCGCGUUUGUUGUCCCUGGGCAUAUCGCGCUGCCGACCCAAACGAGGCCACGAAGCAGUUGCACGAUACGCUGGCCAAUGCACUCCUCAGAGCUGAGGCGGAAGGUUCCGAUGGCACAGCUGGAAAGAUUCUGCUUCCACAACCAAGGCUGACCAAUUCCGAGCCUCAUACCUCCAAUGGAGGAUCAAUGGCCAUUGUGAAUGAGUCAGCCUCUACCGGCUCGUCCUCGGAAGCCGAUAUCAAAACGUCGAAGUCCCGCUCGAAAUACGGGCCGUCUUUCAAGGCCACUCCUACUCUUUCAAAUAGAUCUAAAUCCACUCUUGCCUCUCUCGGCAUUCCUGAACCACACUUUGCCAUGAAAUCCCGGCGUCGCUCCCGCCGCCCAUUUACUGUCGCUGAAGACGAAGCUCUACUCAAAGGGUAUGCCGUCCACGGAUUCCAAUGGACACUCAUCCAGCAAGAUAAACGCUUGAACCUUAGCCACCGGAAGGCAACUGAUCUUCGGGAUCGAUUCCGAACCAAGUUCCCCCACGCGUAUCGUGACGGAGGCUCCGUCAAUGGUAGAUCAUUGCAUAGCCAGAGUCAAGGCGUAGGCCUGGCGGAUACAAAAAAAGCACCUCCCAUAAAAUCCAAUACACAAUCUACUCGGCAAUCCACGUCCUCCGCACGGGGCGGUAAAACUGAUUGGGCAGACCAAGUCUCCUUGGGACCUAUUGAUCCGGCCCUUUCCCCCCCUGCUCCUCCACAGGGUUUGCUCGAGGCCGCGGCAAAUGCCCCAGCGGGCACUACCAUUUUGCAUUUCCCAAUGGACGAGAACUCUUCGAAUCCCCCCGGCGUUGACGCAUCCUGGGCCGAUAACACCCUCGCACCGAUGGUCUGGGACGAGCUGGCCUAA